GGAGGGAGGGGAUGGGUCGAAACUUCGUACACACAAUAUUCUGCUGACUUCUGGGUAAAAACUACUUAAUUAUAUAACGCAGUCGCUUUCAGCAAAGAUAAAAAUGUUUAUUCAAAGGAAUACAGUCAGUAGAUAGAAUGGAAACCGGUUCGCCGCACGAACAGCGCACUAAAGGCUAGUUGACGUGGACCCGCGUUAGCUGUGAUAAAAUGGAUCAAGAGCCUCUGGAAGUCGACAUCGACGGUCGGGAUCCGACGUUCAAACAAUUCCCAUCAUGGUCCUUGCGCCGGCUGCGGGCGCGCAUCCCGGCCAGGGCCGUCCUGUACCUGCUCUCUUUCUCAGGAUUCCUCGUCAGUUUCGUCAUGCGGAACGACAUCAACCUUGCCAUAAUCGCCAUGGUGCGCCACCCUCUCAGAAAUCUGACCACCAACGACUCGAUGACCGACCUCUACUGUUAUGGUCCUGAACACUCGGCCAACAGCACUGACGAUGAAGAUGAACCAACAGGUCGACCAAACUACGAGGAGGGCAACCUUGACUGGGACAGCACAAUCCAGUCCUCCAUUAUCAGCUCAUUUUAUUGGUGUUACGUAAUGUCACAGAUCUUGGGUGGUUAUCUCACCCAAAAGUUUGGGCCAAAGGCAGUCUUCGGCUGGUCUCAGUUCAUCACCGCCAUCGGCUCUGUAUGCAUCCCUCUGGCAGCCGACAUCCAUUACUCUGCUGUGGUUUUCCUGCGAUCAAUGCAAGGAAUAGCCUCGGGACUGACAUGGCCUGCGAUGUAUGCUAUGGCCGGCCGGUGGAUUCCGCCAAAGGAGAGGAGCAGAUUCAUGUCAUCGUUCCAAGGUUUCAGUUUUGGAAUCGGCCUCACCUACCCUCUGUGCGGCUGGCUGAUUGCCAACUUUGGCUGGAGGAUUGUUUUCUACGUGACAGGCAGUUUGGGCUUUACAUGGUGCGUUAUUUGGUUCCUGCUUGCCUACGACACCCCUGCAGUGCACCCCCGCAUAACCCAACAUGAGAGGCGCUACAUCGAGAUCAGUCUCGGGGAAACGGUGAUCCAGGGCAAGGGACUGCCAGUGCCUUGGAAAGAGCUUUUCAAGUCCCUGCCUGUGUGGUCCAUUGGAAUCACAACGUUUGGCCGCAUCUGGGUCAGCUACACGUUCAUCAUUUCAGGACCUAUGUACAUGAAAACCGUGUUGGGCUUCUCCAUCCAGAAGAACGGUCUGCUGAAUGGGGCACCCUUCUUGCUCAGUUACCUCACUUCUGUCAUCUUCUGCUAUCUUGCCGAUGUCAUCGUAGCCAAGAACAUGAUGACGUUGAAGAACGUCCGCAAAAUGAACACAGCUAUUGCCCAAGUAGUCCCCGGACUAAUUUGCGUCCUCAUCGGCUACCUGGGCUGCGACAUUGUACCUGUCCUGGUGGUUUGGUUCAUUGCUGUCAGCUGCAUAACUGCUGCUUAUGCAGGUGCCAUGGCCAGCAUUGUGGACAUUGCGCCGAAUCUCGCUGGUCCUAUCCUGGCCUUUGCACAAACCAUUCACAUGUCGGCCAGUUUCCUCUCACCUAUCGUUGCCGGUUUUGUUCUGAAAGAAAAUCAAAGCUUGGAGCAGUGGCGCAUCGUCUUUGCAAUAACAGCCAUUGUCUCCGUCACAACUUAUUUCAUGUUUCAAAUAUAUGGCACGGACGAAGUCCAGUCAUGGAAUUAUCCUGACAAUAAAUCACCUAUUCAAAUUGAUGACACAAACCAGCCCCUGCAGUCUAUUUCAAAGACAGACCAGCAAAUAAAUCGCUCUUCACCUUAUGCAACUUAAAUUAGCACUUUAAAAUUUUAACUGCAUACUUAAUUAUGACUUUUUUUGUUCAAAAUGGUGGAUUUGUAAUGUAAAAAAGUAGUGGUAUUUUUUUUAUAGUUGCCCAUUAAGCACCUUUUUAGUGCAGGACAAGGUGAUCAUUUUAUUACGAAAUGUGUUGAGUCGCUAACAUGGUACUUGAAUAUAUUUAUUAAAUACAUAUAUUAUUUUUGAAUGUUCUGCUGGUAAGGACUUGCCUGCAUACUAAGCUGAGAUUGUAUCUCACUUAAUGCAACUAGAGUGAUAAUUAAGAAAAUAUCUCUAUAACUAGAUUUAAAAUAUUUUUAGGCGUAGACAAUAGUGGCACACAUUCCACUUUAUAAUCAAUUGUUGAUCUUCAGAGUUGUUAUAAUUCUUGACAUCAAAGUGGUCCGAGGCAGCCAUUCUCACAAUACUUUGGAUGUUAAGAGUAAAUUAUAAGACUUUAAUCGUCGUUAUCAUAAAAAAAUUGGGAGCAUAUUUUAUUAAUAUGAUCACUUUAAAAGUGAAUUUAUCAUGUCAAUCAAAAUUUAUUAAUCAACCUUCUGUGUUCUUUUUAUAAUUUUUACUGCCCAUUAUGUUAAAUAUGAAGUCUCUAAAAUGCCAUGUUUGUUUUUAGUUCUAUUUAAGUCAAAUAAAUUUUCAUUUUUAGGUACAAAUUGAGUGUGUAUGAUUAUUUGUAAUAAAA